GCGUGGACUCUCCCUGGGCUGCGCUUAAAUAGUCAAGGGCCAGAGAGACUAGGGAGAAGGAAGCCAGGACUGCCCCGCCUGCACCCCAGCCAACGCAGCGUUGUCAUGAGGCUCCUGAGCGUGACCUUUUGGCUACUCCUGUCCCUGUGCACUGUCCUCUGUGUGACCGAGGUGCAGUGGUGUACCAUCUCAGACCCGGAACAACAGAAAUGCAGAGACAUGAGCCAGGCCUUCCGGGAGGCUGGCCUUCAGCCUCCCCUCCUCUGCGUCCAGGGCACCUCCACUGACCACUGUGUCCAGCUCAUCAAGGACCGAAAAGCAGAUGCCAUCACCCUGGACGGAGGGGCCAUUUAUGAGGCGGGGAAGGAGCACGGCCUGAAGCCAGUGGUGGGUGAAGUCUAUGACCAAGACAUUGGGACUUCCUAUUAUGCCGUGGCUGUGGUCUGGAGGAAUUCCAACGUGACCAUCAACACCCUGAAGGGCGUCAAGUCCUGCCACACGGGCAUCAACCGGACUGUGGGCUGGAACGUGCCUGUCGGUUACCUCGUAGAGAGUGGUCAUCUGUCAGUGAUGGGCUGUGAUGUGCUCAAAGCCGUUGGUGAUUAUUUUGGGGGCAGCUGCGUCCCUGGAACAGGAGAAACCAGCCAUUCUGAGUCCCUCUGUCGCCUCUGCCGUGGUGACUCUUCUGGGCACAACGUGUGUGACAAGAGUCCCCUAGAGAGAUACUACGACUACAGUGGAGCCUUCCGGUGUCUGACGGAAGGAGCUGGUGACGUGGCCUUCGUGAAACACAGCACAGUGCUGGAGAACACUGAUGGUAAAACCCUGCCUUCCUGGGGCAAGGCCCUGAUGUCGCAGGACUUCCAGCUGCUCUGCAGGGAUGGCAGCCGGGCCGACGUCACUGAGUGGAGACGAUGCCACCUGGCCAAGGUGCCUGCUCAUGCUGUGGUGGUGAGGGGAGACAUGGACGGAGGCCUCAUAUUCCAACUCCUCAAUGGAGGCCAGCUUCUGUUCAGCCACGAAGACAGCAGCUUCCAGAUGUUCAGCUCCGAAGCCUACGGCCAGAAGAACUUGCUGUUCAAAGACUCCACCUUGGAGCUUGUACCCAUUGCCACGCAGAACUACGAGGCCUGGCUGGGCCGGGAAUACCUGCACGCCAUGAAGGGCCUGCUCUGUGAUCCCAACCGGCUGCCCCACUACCUGCGCUGGUGUGUGCUGUCGGCACCCGAGAUCCAGAAGUGUGGAGAUAUGGCCGUGGCCUUCAGCCGCCAGAGUCUCAAGCCAGAGAUCCAGUGUGUGUCAGCCGAUUCCCCUGAGCACUGCAUGGCGCAGAUCCAGGCUGGGCACAUCGAUGCUGUGACUCUGGGCGGUGAGGACAUUCACAGGGCAGGAAAGGUGUACGGCCUGGUUCCAGCGGCUGGAGAGCUGUAUGCCGAGGAAGACAGCAGCAAUUCCUACUUUGUGGUGGCUGUGGUGAGACGGGACAGCUCCUACUCCUUCACUACGGACGAACUUCGCGGCAAGCGUUCCUGCCACCCCGGCCUGGGCAGCCCCGCGGGCUGGGAGGUGCCCAUAGGCUCGCUCAUCCAGCGGGGCUUCAUCCGGCCCAAGGACUGUGAUGUCCUCACAGCGGUGAGCGAGUUCUUCAAUGCCAGCUGUGUGCCUGUAAACAACCCUAAGAACUACCCUUCCUCGCUGUGCGCGCUCUGCGUGGGAGACGAGAAGGGUGACAACAAGUGCGUGGGCAGCAGCCAGGAGCGAUACUAUGGCUACAGCGGGGCCUUCAGGUGCCUCGUGGAGAAUGCAGGGGACGUGGCGUUCGUCAAGCACACGACUGUCUUUGAGAACACAAAUGGUCACAAUCCAGAGCCCUGGGCCUCUCACCUCAGGCGGCAAGACUAUGAACUACUGUGCCCCAACGGGGCACGGGCUGAGGUAGACCAGUUCCAAGCUUGUAACCUUGCACAGAUGCCAUCCCACGCUGUCAUGGUUCGUCCAGACACCAACAUCUUCACUGUGUAUGGACUUCUGGACAAGGCCCAGGACCUAUUUGGAGACGACCACAACAAGAAUGGUUUCCAAAUGUUUGAUUCCUCCAAAUACCACAGCCAAGACCUGCUUUUCAAAGAUGCUACGGUCCAAGCAGUGCCCGUCCGGGAGAAAACCACAUACCUGGACUGGCUGGGUCCUGACUACGUGGUCGCUCUAGAGGGAAUGUUGUCUCAGCAGUGUUCGCGUGCAGGGGCCGCGGUGCACCAAGUCCCCCUGCUGGCCCUGCUCCUGCUGACCCUGGCUGCAGGCCUCCUCCCGCGAGUUCUCUGAAGGCGGCUACUUCAGGCCACGCCCUGAGCAGGGAAAGUUCCAGAGCCCAACCCAAGAAACCAGGACAUCAGCUAACCCUGCAGGAGGCAAAUGAGAACUCACACACGCAAGCCUCCGACGUGUGAUUCUAACCCAGAGAGAAAUUUUCUAGAAUCAGGACGAUUGUUAAGGCCAAGUCUUCCCACCUUGCUGGAGCCCUCAGUACCUGAGGCGGCUGGCCUGGCGAGCAGCCCAGCCCCUCCUCCCACACUGCUGGCGCCUGCAGCGAACCCGUGCCUCCCACCUGGAACCAUCUGGCUGGCUGAGGGGUUAGGAGCAGGGGGGGGGAAAGAUGCCAGUUGCCAUGGCAACCGUGGAGCAGCUUCCGGCCUCUGCGCUGGCCACCUGGGGAGGUGCCAAGGAAGGAGCAUGCCCAGAACCUAGAGAACCUCCGCGACACACUUCCACCCAGCAGCCCCCGUUCUCCCCGCCACACCACCCUCUCCUGUGGGCACCAAGGCUCAGACCCACGCCCUCAGAGGAACAGCCUUCAUCAUUGUCUUCUGUGACACCAACCUAGGAGCCCAGCACACUGGACAGCAAGAUUUUGCCAGACUGGGAUGGGAGGAAGGGCAGAGCUGUAUUGUGGAGAUGAAGUCCUCCAAAAACCCUCAGAGGAAGGAAGGGACCUACCCCCUCACCCCCCCAGAAAGAAUGUUAGUGUGUGAGGUGCAGGGUGCGAACUAUGCAGAUUAACAGCUCCUGUGGCAAGCAGGUCUUGCCCUGCCCUGCCUGGACCUCACUGCACAAUGAAACUGUUGCCUGGAAUCUAUUGUUUGCUGUCCUGGUCUCAGUCUCCACAUUAGCUUUCUCUCUGCCUUCACGUACCCCUUCACACACACACACACACUCACCUUAUCUGUGUGAACAUAUCUGUUUGUCUGAGGAAGCAUGAGCUAACCCAAAAUAAGGCCAUGUCGUGAUGUCAUGAACUGGGCCUUAGGACAUACCACGAGCCAGGGCAUUGGGAAGAGCCCUGUCUUCCCCUCACCCUGCUUGUUUUGGCUGGUUGCAUCUUUCGAGAGGGUCCCUGGUUCCUAAGAGCUGUGACAGUCAAGGCAUAGGAAAAGCCUCUUCUCCACCGUUUUGCCAUUGUUCUCUCAAGAACCAGAAAAAGUUUUCCAAAGCUACCAACUCUUACUCCAAAUCUUGUUCCCUUAAACAUAAUAAAUAAAAAGGAGAAGAGCUAGGAGCAAGCCGUCCUUGUCAGCACACUGGAAGCAGUGUGGGCCUGGAGCUAUUUGUGUCUUGGUCUGUGUGGGGGGCCUCAGGAUGCCGAUGCCAAGCCAGGUUCCCAGUGGCCCGCCCCCACCUGUGGGCGACGGGACAGAUCCUUUCCAUCACUCACCAGUAGUCCUGGCAGUGUCCCAGCCAGAGUCACACAAUCCGGAGGAAUCUCGGUCACCAUGCUGCUUUGCAGAGCAAGCCCCUCCCCUCCUCCUCUCAGAACACAGCCAUCCAUUCUUGUCUGAGCUGGGGACUUUCACGGUGAGGAGUGUACUGUGGGCGCGACUGUGCUGCCCAAAGUGCGAUGUCUGUGCCGUGUGCCUUUCAGGUGUGACUUUCAAGAGCGUGGUGUAAAUGACGUCUGACUGCCACGGGCCACUGCUGCGUUGGUGCUAAAGAAAGACAUUGGUUUCUUUUUAA